CCCCCCUUCAACCCCCUGUCCUCCCGUAUCAAGAUGGCGGCAGAAGCGGCCGGUGGGAAAUACAGAAGCACAGUCAGCAAAAGCAAAGACCCUUCGGGGCUGCUCAUCUCUGUGAUCAGGACUCUGUCUACCAGUGAUGAUGUUGAAGACAGAGAAAAUGAGAAGGGUCGCCUUGAGGAAGCCUAUGAGAAGUGUGACCGUGACCUCGAUGAGCUGAUUGUGCAGCACUAUACAGAACUGACGACGGCCAUUCGCAUGUACCAGAGCAUCACAGAGCGCAUCACCAACUCCCGGAAUAAAAUAAAGCAGGUGAAAGAGAACCUGCUGUCCUGCAAGAUGCUACUGCACUGCAAACGGGACGAGCUUCGGAAACUCUGGAUUGAAGGCAUUGAGCAUAAGCAUGUGCUGAACCUGCUGGAUGAAAUUGAGAACAUUAAACAAGUCCCUCAGAAGCUGGAACAGUGCAUGGCCAGCAAGCACUACCUCAGUGCCACUGACAUGCUGGUGUCAGCAGUCGAGUCUUUGGAGGGUCCCCUGCUCCAGGUGGAAGGGCUUAGUGACCUGCGUUUGGAGCUUCACAGCAAAAAGAUGAACCUCCAUUUGGUUCUCAUAGAUGAACUGCACCGACACCUUUACAUCAAAUCCACCAGCCGUGUUGUGCAGCGUAACAAGGAAAAAGGGAGAAUAAGUUCCUUUGCGAAAGAUGCUUCUCCCAGUCCUCUGAUCGAUGUGACAAACCUUGCUACUCCUCGCAAAUUCCUUGAUACUUCUCAGUUUUCUACUCCUGGAAGCUCAAAUGCAAAGGAGGUAAACCUGCAGGACGUCAAGGAGGAUUUGGAAUUGGAUCCAGAGGAGAACAGCACUCUUUUCAUGGGCAUUCUUAUCAAGGGACUCGCCAAACUGAAGAAAAUCCCUGAGACUGUGAAGGCAAUCAAAGAGCGCUUAGAGCAGGAGCUGAAGCAGAUUGUGAAGCGGUCUACCACACAGGUAGCAGACGGCGUCUAUCAGAGAGGGGAGAACCUCACGGCCGAGAACCAGCCGAGGUUGCUCCUAGAACUGCUGGAGCUACUGUUUGACAAGUUUAACGCUGUGGCCGCUGCACACUCUGUGGUCCUGGGAUACCUGCAGGACACCAUCGUGACUCCACUGACUCAGCAGGAAGAGGUCAAAUUGUAUGACAUGGCAGACGUGUGGGUGAAGAUCCAAGAUGUUCUGCAGAUGCUGUUGACUGAAUACUUGGAUAUGAAAAAUACUCGGACAGCCUCAGAACCAUCAGCUCAGCUCAGCUAUGCCAGCACUGGGCGAGAAUUUGCAGCCUUUUUUGCCAAGAAGAAACCUCAGCGGCCGAAAAAUUCUCUUUUCAAGUUCGAAUCAUCCUCCCAUGCCAUCAGCAUGAGUGCCUAUUUGCGAGAGCAGAGAAGAGAGCUCUACAGCCGGAGUGGAGAGCUUCAAGGGGGUCCAGAUGACAACUUAAUUGAAGGUGGAGGAACAAAAUUUGUCUGCAAACCUGGAGCCAGAAAUAUUACUGUCAUAUUCCAUCCACUACUAAGAUUUAUUCAGGAAAUUGAGCAUGCCUUGGGACUUGGCCCAGCCAAACAGUGUCCUCUCCGAGAGUUUCUCACGAUGUACAUCAAAAACAUCUUCCUCAAUCAGGUCUUGGCUGAGAUCAACAAAGAGAUUGAAGGAGUCACUAAAACAUCAGAUCCCUUGAAAAUCCUUGCUAAUGCGGACACCAUGAAGGUGUUGGGGGUGCAGAGGCCUCUCCUGCAGAGUACGAUCAUUGUGGAUAAGACCGUGCAAGACCUCAUGAACCUGAUGCAUGACUUGAGCGCCUACUCAGAUCAGUUUCUUAACAUGGUGUGUGUAAAGCUCCAGGAGUAUAAAGAUACCUGCACUGCAGCCUACAGGAGCAUUGUCCAGUCAGAGGAAAAGCUUGUCAUCAGUGCAUCUUGGGCAAAAGAUGAUGAUAUCAGCAGGCUUUUGAAAUCUUUACCAAACUGGAUCAACAUGGCUCAACCCAAGCAACUGAGACCAAAGAGGGAAGAGGAAGAAGAUUUCAUAAGGGCGGCAUUUGGCAAGGAAUCAGAAGUUCUUAUUGGGAACCUGGGUGACAAAUUAAUCCCUCCACAAGACAUCCUCCGUGAUGUGAGUGACCUCAAAACCUUGGCCAACAUGCACGAGAGCCUGGAGUGGCUUGCAGGGCGGACAAAGUCAGCUUUCUCCAACCUUUCUUCAUCCCAGAUGUUGUCUCCUGCUCAAGACAGCCACGUGAGCUUGGAUCUCCUGCCAGUGUCAGAGCAGAUCAUGCAGACGUUGAGCGAACUUGCCAAAUCUUUUCAGGACAUGGCUGACCGUUGCUUGCUGGUCCUACAUCUGGAAGUCAGGGUGCACUGUUUUCACUAUCUCAUCCCUCUUGCAAAGGAGGGGAACUAUGCCAUUGUGGCUAAUGUGGAGAGUAUGGAUUAUGAUCCGCUGGUGGUCAAGCUCAACAAGGACAUCAGCGCCAUUGAAGAGGCCAUGAGCGCCAGCCUUCAACAACACAAAUUCCAGUAUAUAUUUGAAGGACUGGGCCACCUGAUCUCUUGCAUCCUUAUCAAUGGUGCCCAAUACUUCCGGCGCAUCAGUGAGUCUGGCAUCAAGAAAAUGUGCAGGAACAUUUUUGUUCUUCAGCAGAAUCUGACCAACAUCACCAUGUCACGGGAGGCUGACCUGGACUUUGCAAGGCAAUACUACGAGAUGUUAUACAACACAGCUGAUGAGCUCCUGAAUCUGGUGGUGGAUCAGGGUGUAAAGUACACAGAGUUGGAAUAUAUCCAUGCCUUGAACUUGCUGCACCGCAGUCAGACAGGGGUGGGCGACCAGACCACCCAGAACAUGAGGCUGCAGCGACUCAAGGAGAUCAUCUGUGAGCAGGCUGCCAUCAAGCAGGCCACCAAGGAUAAGAAAAUAACCACUGUCUGAUGGGGUGCACUGCAGGGAAGAGUCCAGGGGGUAGAGGUUGAUAGUGUUCAUUUAUUUCCCCAAUUCACAUUCAGUACUUUCUUUGACCUGUUGUUUGGUAUCUUCUCAGCUGGCUCUGUUUCCUCUAUGCUCGUGCUUUAGUAGAGAGAAGAUAGAAGGAUUUUUUUUUUCUCUAGUUUUGAAUCUUUGUAUAAACUCUGAAGGAAGUUUGUAGUGUAGAAUGUUCUGACUGAUUUUAAUGCAGUCAACUCCAUGGGGCUAGAGUAGGCUUGGGAGAAAGGUUGUAUUAAAUUGUUGGACUCUGAGCAAAUGAAUGCAUGAAUUACUAAUGUCUUGUUUCCUGCGUGACAAUCUUUGGAAAGUAGACUCUACUUAAGUUUUAGUUCUCUCCUAGAACUACUUAAUAAGAUUCCAUUAUAGACAUUAGAUUUUCCUCUCUUGACCUUGUCAAUUUAUAACUCAAUGAAAUAAGUGUAUGUUUACUGCUUUUUGUCUCCAUUGCCAAGGUCAAAUUAAUGGCUUCUCGGCUGAUUAUAGUCCUCAACAAAUUUCCCUAACCAAACCGGCACCUCUGGGCUCAGAAGGAAAAUUCCUCUUAUCUCAGUUCCUCAGAGAAUUUUGUUUGAAAUAACUUGUACAUAGAUUUCACAUUGACUUACUACCUUUUGCUGUUUGUUUUCCUUUCUAUCAGAACAACAAAAGGUCAUCAAACUAAUGACAAAAAAGGAAGAAUUUUAAAAAAUUUUUAAAAGGAUUGAAUCCUCUUCUAGAUUGCUCCCUCUUUACUUUCUAAGAGAAAAUUGAUGAUUAGAGUUUUUUAUUUUGCUCCAAACACCAUCUAAGCAUGAAUGAUUCUUAGGUGCUUACCUCUGCUAAAAAAAAAAUGUAGCCCAGGCCUUCUCGGCUGAAUGCAAAAAAAAAAGGGUCGGCCAUAAUAUUUCCCUCCUUACUGCCCCCCACCCCAGCUGAGUCCAUUUCUGAAGUGAUUGUAGGACCCACCACUUCUGGCACACUGGAGCUCAUCUCUACCCACACCUCUAAACCCUUUUACUGUCCAGGGUUGAUAUGUCACAGAGGAAAGCAGUGUACCAACUGGGGACAUUGACUGACAUGUCCUUGGAAACAUGUGGAGAAGAAAACAGGAAAUAUGGCCACACCACAAUAUCCUGCUCUGUGAUGGUUCAGAAUUUUACACCUGUUUGUACAGCUUUCACCUCGGUGAACAAAGCAGAGAAUUAAAAAAAAAAAAAAUGUUUUGAGAAGCUUCAA